CAGGAUCGUCAUGUGAAACAAAAUGGUGAUGUGGAACCACAAGUAGAUCCAUCACAAGAUUACAUUUUAAAAUUAGGUUAUGAAAAUGCAACACAUACAGUUUUCCGUUUCAAAAGAAAAUACGACACGUGUGACUCAGUUCAUGACAUUCCAAUAACGAAUGACACAAUGCGAAUCAUUUUUAUGUAUUCGAAAAGUGAACCAUGGCAUGGUGCAGUUAAAGCAGGAAGUUUACCAAAUCCAUUAGAAGCAUUCAAAGAAUCUCGGUCGUUAUAUUUAACGCAAAAAUUUCAACCACGACCACUUCAAGAUGAUCGAGUGCGGAUGCUAGAGUUACGUAAUGAAGAUGUUGAAUUACCAAGUGGUGACGAUACAUUAUACUGGUGUAAAAUGUUCAAAUUAGAUGAUAUUAAAGGGAAACAUCACUUGAUACGGUAUGAGCCAGUUAUUGAUUCAGCAAAUAGUUUACAGUAUUUACAACAUAUAAUGCUAUAUGAAUGCCUGGGUAGUUCUACGGAUUUAGAACAAAUGGCAAGAGAACAAGGUAGACAAUGUUAUAAACCAUAUGCGUUACCAUUAGCGUGUAAUGCUAUUGUGGCAGCAUGGUCAAGAGGAUCUGAGGGUUUCACAUUUCCGGACGAAGCAGGAUAUCCAAUAGAGACCAGAGUUGUUAAAUAUUUUCUUAUGGAAACACACUAUUACAAUCCAAAACCAGAUUUUGCACAAUUACAUUCAAGGCAAAUGGCUGAUAAUUCAGGAUUACGGAUUUAUUUUACACAUUCACUUAGGCUGCAUGAUGCGGGUGUCUUGUCAAUAGGAAUGGAUCCAAACUGGAGACACAUAAUACCACCCGGUCAAAAACAUGUAGUUUCUGAGGGACAUUGUAUUGAAGAUUGUACAGGAUAUGCAUUUCCACGUGAAGGUAUUAACAUAUUUGCGGUUAUGAUGCAAACCCAUCAAAUUGGCAGGGAAAUUAAAUUAAAACAGAUACGAAGAAAUGAGGAACUUCCGCCCAUAGCACAUGAUAGCAAUAUUGAUCCUAAUUAUCAAGAUUAUAGAAGGCUACCGAGUCCUGUACACUCAAUUCCUGGUGAUAGACUUAUUGCUGAAUGCAUUUACGACAGUUCGUCACGGAAAGCAAUUACCUUAGGUGGGCUGACAACACGUGAAGAAAGUUGUGUAGUCAUAACGUUGUAUUAUCCUCGACAGAAAAAAUUAACAACGUGCCAUUCUUUACCAAGUUUACCAACUGUUUUACAUUCGUUGGGAAUCGAAGAGCUCGCAAUGGGCUCAAAUCCUGUAUUGAUUUCAUUACCACAAGAAUUGGCUGGUAUGACAUUAGAAUCACGUCUGGUAUCAUACGAUUGGGAAAAUCAAUUUGACAAAUUCCAGGAAGUCACCAGACGAGGAUCAUUUAAGCCAUUAUGCUGGGGAGCUAAAAAUGUUUUAGUGCCGGGAACUGAAUAUUUAGAAGGAUAUAGUGUUAAUAUUACAAAAGCAUGGCAGCCGCCAAGACGUUGCAAACCCAGACGUGUAUUCGUUACAGAAGCAAUACCAGAAGUAAAAAUACCUGUAUUACAUGUUGUUGAGGACGAUGUUGACAUUAGUAAUAAUAUUAUUGAAGUCGCAGCACGAAGUAAAGUAUCAAGAAGUUCAGCAACAGAAACAAUGAGUUUUAGUAGUGCACAUCGUUUUCGAUACCACCCAAUUAGCUUUACACAUAAUAGUUGUUAUAUGUGCAUAAACUAUUUAUGGUAUUAUAGUGUUACGUUAAUAGUUCAGCGAAUAUUAAAAAUGUCAUUUACGUAACUACGUACAGAUAGAUCAAUGAAAAUUUGUCGUAAUUAAAAAUUUUAUAGAAAAGGAAAAAACAAAACAUUUUUAAAAAACAAAAGAAACAAUGUAAAAAAAGGUUAAAAUUAACAAUAGAUAUACAAAACAAAAAAAAUUAAAUAAAAAUUCGCAAAAACAUCGUCAGGAUAAUAAAAAGUAAAAUAAAACAUUUACAUAUAUAAAAUUUAAAAAAAAAUUAGGUUUUUAGAAUUAAAACACAAAAAAAAGAAAUAAUAAUAAAAAAUAAAUAAAAGAAAAACUUUUAGGAGAAAAAUAAGUUUAGAAUGAGAAAAAACUGUCAACUUAGAAAAAAUUUUUUAUUUCGAAACAAAGAAGAAUAAAAACGGAAAAUACCUAAAGUUUUACUUUUGAAUAUCUAAGGAUUUCCAAUUUUAUAAUUACGCAUCACAUUGUUGUUUUAUUACUUUUAUUUUACAAAUUUUUGUUCUUUUCAAAAGCACAAUAAAACGUAAAAAACAAGAUGAAAAUAAAGCAAAAAAAAAAUAUCUAUCUAGAAUGAGUAAAAAGGAUUAUAACUAAAGUGAUUUUUUAAAAGAUUUGAAAAUAGAAUCAAAUAAUAGCAUAAAGAAAAAAGUAAAGACAGAAUGUUUUCCAAAAGUUUUUCUUGAAUUACUUGCUUCUUCAUCUUUCCUCGUAGAUUUACAAUUUAAGAUGGCGUGCUAAAAAAUUAUCAAAAUUGUUAUUCGACUUUAUAAGAAUUAUUUGUGACGAAAUCACUUUAUUUUUUGAAAAUCCAUUUAACAAUUAAUCCUAAAUGUUUUAUAUAUCUAUGGGCGUCAGUGAAAAAAAUUUGU